AUGGGACUUGACAGAGAAGCAGAAUUUCUGAACGUGCUCGUGCUGGCAAGCUUGUUCUACAACACUCUCAAGUCAUUCGACAACAUCCACAGCUCGCUCAAUGACUUCAAGGAUGAGAAGGUUUACCUUGCUCAGCUCGGCAUCGAGCAAGCAAGACUUCUGAUCUGGGGCGAGCAGAUGGGCAUCUUCUCUUUGCCGCCCUCUCUCACCUUCCUCGAGACCGAGGAGGGUAGACAGAACAUGACACCUCGCGACCCUCGUCUUGACGACGAAGAAGUCAGAGUCAAUCUCGAAGGCUUGAUGAACAGCAUCAUUCACACUCUGAGCAAUCCCAACGACAACGAUUCCGAUCUUGAUACCACUGGUCUAAGACCUCUUCCCCGUGGCGGCGCACAAGCACUCGAGCAGCCAGCUGCCGACUUGACCCGCAUGAAGAACUUUGAGAACUCGUACAAGCACCUUCUCGAGCUGGGCUCCAACAAGGUGUCAGUCAAGAGACCGAGCUCGCUCGCAUCGCAGCAAUGGGUUAUUCACGAUACUCUGCGCUUCUCCAACUUCGUCAAGUCUACCAAGCGUCAGGUUGAUACCCUGUUGCUGGCUCUGAACAUCAACGACAAAGUCGAGAACAUUCUUUUGGGAGAUAUCCGCGACCUGGGCAAGCAUGCUGGCGGCUCCCCUGGCACCAAGCCUUCGCAAUUAGCAGUCAAGGAUAUGGCCAAGCUGAAGCUUCUCAUCAGAGCAUGCAAGGGUCGCUACCCAGCACUUUUGAACGAGGCUCAGCAGACCUUCAACAACCUCCAGAAGGGCGUCAGUGCCGAGCACGACAUGGCCGCCAAGGUGGGCAAGCUUCUCGAACCUGUUCACCCCGACUCAGCAGUCGCCAGCGCAAACAACAGUGGCGCCGCAACACCCGAGAAGAGACCUGGCUUCAUCCGCAGAUUAAGCACACAGACAUGGAACAAGUUGCCCGGAAGAAAGACACCCAGCUCGAGCAGACCUUCGUCUCCCGAGCGUCGCAAGUCAUUUGGUGGACGCAAGACACCAGCAGCCAGCAGACCUGCAUCACCCAUUGGAGAGUAG